UGGGAUUACCCUGUGAAUCGUUCCUGGUAUCCAUUCUAGAGGGAAAUUUUAUCUUCGAUCCACUUCAUUAUGCUAUAGAAAGGUAACGAAAAUCAGGAUUUGUUAUCCGUUAACUUAGAAAGUAGAUAAAAAGUGACGCCGAUUUGGAAUCGCCCUCAAGGGGAUUCAGAAGAGGAAGAGACGGUGGCCAACAACAAGGGAAACUAAUAAUUACUGUUUGACAUGACUCUUAAAAAGAUAUGCUGUGUUGGUGCUGGGUAUGUAGGUGGCCCUACCUGUUCUGUCAUUGCCAGUAAAUGUCCCCAGUUAACAGUUACUGUGGUGGACCUGAGUGAGACCCGUAUAGCACAGUGGAAUUCAGAAAAUCUGCCGAUAUUUGAGCCAGGCCUGUACGAUCUCGUGAAGGAAUGUCGUGGCCGUAACCUAUUUUUCUCCACCAAUGUGAAGGAAGCCAUUGUGGAAGCUGAUCUUAUCUUCAUUUGUGUUAACACUCCAACAAAAAACUUUGGAAAAGGCAAGGGGAGAGCAGCAGAUCUGAAGUUUAUAGAAUCUGCAGCACGGAUGAUAGCAGAGGUAUCAAAGAAUUCCAAAAUCGUAGUGGAGAAAAGUACUGUCCCAGUGAAAGCUGCUGAGAGUAUUACAAACAUCAUGAAGGCAAACAUCAAACCUGGUGUACAAUAUCAGGUACUGUCCAAUCCUGAGUUCUUGGCUGAGGGAACUGCUGUUAAUGAUCUUGUCUUUCCUGAUCGAGUCCUGAUUGGAGGAGAUCCCUCGCCAUUGGGUCAGGAAGCGGUCCAAUCCCUUUGCUGGAUCUAUGAACACUGGGUCCCCAAGGACAAGAUCAUUACCAUGAACACCUGGUCGUCAGAACUCUCUAAACUGGCAGCGAAUGCUUUCCUGGCUCAGAGAAUCUCAAGCAUUAAUGCUAUGUCAGCCAUCUGUGAAAUGACAGGAGCAGAUGUGUCAGAGGUGGCCAGUGCUGUAGGCAGGGACACAAGGAUAGGAAACAAGUUCCUCAAAGCCAGUGUUGGAUUUGGUGGUAGCUGUUUUCAAAAGGAUGUUCUCAAUCUAGUCUACCUUUGUGAGUGUCUCAACCUGCCUGAGGUUGCUGAGUACUGGCAACAGGUGAUCAACAUCAAUGAUUACCAAAGGAGACGAUUCGCCAAUAAGAUCAUUGAGAACUUAUUCAACACUGUGACCAACAAAAACAUUGCUAUCUUUGGGUUUGCCUUCAAGAAGGACACGGGUGAUACAAGAGAAUCGGCUGCCAUAUAUGUCAGUAAGUACUUAAUGGAGGAGGGGGCACGUCUCAGGAUAUAUGACCCUAAGGUAGAAGAAGCACAACUCAUGAGUGAGUUGACUCAACCAAACAUAAUGGAUGACCCUGAUCAAGUGAAGGAGCUGGUGACUAUUUGUAAGGAUCCUUAUCAGGCUGCCCAGAAUGCUCAUGCUGUUGUUAUCUGUACAGAGUGGGAUGAAUUUAUUGCAUUAGAUUACAAGCAGAUAUACCAGAGUAUGCUGAAGCCAGCUUUUCUGUUUGAUGGUCGUCUGAUCCUAAAACACCAAGAACUCCAAGAUAUUGGAUUUCAUGUUGUAACUAUAGGCAAGAAACUUCAGCGUUCCAAUGUACACAGACCUAUAGCAGCCAGCUUAGGAGGCGCCACCAUACACUAAAGGAUUGGACAAACAAUUUACCAAUAGCACACUGAUUCGUUGUAAUCCAAAUGAAAGAAACUGGGAUCAAAAAAUCUGUUUCUUCACCAAAAUACUGAAAUGAUGUUUGAUUAUGUUUUCAGUGAGGGUGAUUUUAAGAUCAAAAUGUUUUUAUCAUUGUAACUUUUAUGUUUUAGGGUCAGGUGUGUUCCUAUAUUACCUUGAUAAAUGUAUUUUUUACUGAUGUCACAAUAAGUUCACAUUUUACAUAAAAUAAGGUGCGUAUUAAAUGAGAAAGCAAACUUAAAACUGUUCAUUUUUACAUAAAAGGUUCAUUCUUUAUACUGUAACCCUUAUCUGGUUAGAAACAGUCCUAUUAAUUUUUUAUUAUGGUUAUGUUAUUUGGUAAAAACUGAAAGGAGAAAUAGAAUGCAACUAUGAGAGAUGAGAAAUGAAAGGUUGUAUAUAUAUAUUUUACAUUGUUACCCGGUCGUUUAUUUGCAAGCUUGCCUAUUAUUUGUCUGGCAUGUAAUAUUCACAAUUGGUGCUUAAAUAUGAGAUUUUAUUUGCAUAAUGUUACUAUUGUGGUAUCAGUUGUUGUGUCUCUAUGUAAUGGAGGAUGUCUUUAUUGUAAACAAAAUAUAUGCUCUAGUGUUAUAAAGAUAUUACGAUAUUAGUGCAUAAUGCUACAGUUACUGAAAAAUACCAUAAACAGAUUUAAUUUGAGCAGUUUGUUCCUGUUGUUUCCUCUCUGGAAUCUGUGGUUUAAUCCUUGUUCUUAACAACUUUGGUAUUGUGCAAUUUCUUAUACGUCUCAUUGAAAAUUCUAUGUGAGAGUUAGUUGUCACUUCUUGGAUAUGUAGUUUUCGGAGCGCCGUGAAAUGUGGUACAACUAGUGCUGGUAUGAUUAAGUUGGUUGGUGCCAGUUCUUCAGUUCAGUUGGAGGUUAUUGAGUAUGUACCUUGUGAUUUGCUUGUUUUAGCAUUUGUUAUUUGCAUAAUCAACAUUAAUCUUCCUAUAUUAUAUCUACAUUGUUAUGUAGAAGGAUUGAUAACAAAUCGUUGUUUAUGGCCAUUGUAUAUGAUGUGUUUAUUUUAAAACUUUUCUUCAAUUUCAUUAGUUUUGUAUUAAAAUCAUCUAGAUCUAGUAUAGUUGAAAAGAUAACAUUAAUUGAAUGAGACCCAUUAAUAGAUAUGAGGACCAGAAUAUCUUUUUUAAAUGAAGAAUUCACUACCCUACGAUUUCCACUGUCCACAUGCACUGCCUUGUUAUGCUAAUUCGAUCUGUCUUUUUAAACAGAUGACUGUAUUUGUUUUUUGUACUUUCCCUGUACUGAUGACAUUUCUCUCUCAUUUAAUUAUUUAUCUAUCUAUCUCUCAACAGAGUUGGUGUGGAAUGUUUUACUCUCAUUGUGUGUAUCUGUCAUCUAACUUGUAAAAUUUCUUUGCUAUUACAAAGAAUAAGGAGGUUUUCCAACAACGAAGUCACCUUAAAUAUAGAACAAAGCAAUUCAUUUGUCUUUUCACUUCACUGGGGUAAUAGUGUUUAUCUCAUAGCUGUUAUUAUAGGUCUGUUUUACAUGUUUUCACUUUUGUCAUUUUAAUUUUUAUAAAGCCUCAUAGUAUCAGAUUUGUUUUUUAAACUUGCCCAUUUCCUGAAUAUUUCUUUCUCCUUCUCUUCUUGAAACUUGUUUCAAAUGUUGAAACUUUGAAGAUAAGUUCCAUUACAUCUUAUGACAAUUAUCAAUUUAUCAAAAAACUGAUAGUUUUGAUGUACAGCUGAUUUUCUUUGACUUGGUCUUCUAAAAAAAGCAGGAGCAAACCUGGGAUGUAGUGUUAUAGAACUGACAAGAAAUGUUGUACAAGUUAGCGGGACUUGUUCCUUUUGCACUUCUAGAUAGAUGAUGAGAAUUAGUGUGCACUCUUCAAACAGUAUUUUCUAAUUGAUAUAUGGUCUUGUAAACUCCUACCAUUGAUAUUAAAAGGAUAGAAUUACUUUUUUCACUGAUUUAAACACAAUAUGGUUGUUCUGAAUUUGUAUUUUGUUCCUUGAUUUAGUCAUGUUAUGGAGUCAAAGGGGGGAAGGGGGUGAUAUUAGAUUUAGUGAAUUUUUUGCUGGAGAUAUGUACUACAACAGAUUGCAUCAUCCUUCAAAAAUUGGUUAAUUUACAAAUAACAUACACUCAUAUACCUGUAAAGAUAUAAGGAAGAUAUCUCUAUCACAAAUCAUACUAAUUAUAUAACGAUAAGGACUCAAAAGCCAUGCGACAAGUGACAAGUAAAGCGACAAGCAAAGCACAGUUCAGAAAUGAGACUAUGUACACAUGCAUUGUGAAGGAUGCAAUCCGAGUCCUGUCAGUCAAAAACUAGCAGACUGUUUAUCUCACAUAAACAACUGAUGCCUCAAAUUUGGUCAAUGCAUGCAUUUAUUUUUUGGAAAUAUGAUAUUCAUAUUGCAAAUGAAAAGAGGAAAAAUGUUUGUGUUAUUUUCUUAUUUUUAGUAUGUUACUCCAAAAUAAAGCGCUGCCUACUGCUCGCAUCCAAUACAAUGGGGUUAUUAUUCAUGGAAUAGUUCUGUGCCUCUGUAAAAGCAGCAAAGCUAUUGCUAUGACUGGUUGUUUAUUGAGGAAGGGAGAUAACUCUUCUAUUGGCACGCUUUUGUUGUUUCACUCAAUAAGGAAUAUUGAUAUCAGACCAGAGCUACUGCUCACAUUGUUAUACUUUUUCUGUGGAUAUUUUGUGGGUUUUUUUAUUUUCACUCAAAUUUACCUUUACAGCUAUUUUGUUAAAAACUUCCCAAGGUUUGACAUUGAUUUUUAACAUAAUUUUUAAAUAUAUAUAUAUAUCAAAAGUAUAUACGUUGUAUAUAUAAGUUUUUGAAUAGGAUAUUGAAGGUAAUACACAUUUUGUUUUCAAAUCCUUGAUAAUGUAUUUAUAUCCUAACAUGCUAGAAGAGAAAAUUAGUAUAUUUAACAGUUUGAAAAGAUCUGAAUAUAUUUGUAUAGUAUAAACAAAAUAAAGCACAAUUUUUGAUAGUUUGAAUAUAUUCAUUUAAUGAGAAGAGUUGUCCUUUAAGAAUGAAGGUUUUGUAUAAUUGAUUCUCCAAAAAAGAGAGUUUUGUAUACAAUAUCAAUGUUGUUAUACUUACAUUGUGUUUCCUCAUUAUAGCCAUCCCAAUUUUUUUAGUUGUGCAACUUUAUCACAAUUCUAUACAUGUUUGAGUAAAUAGUCGCUUCAGAUGAUGGUACUGUCACGGAUUCCUCUAUUUUGUAUUCUAACUAAGCUUAAUGUAGACAUAGGCAGUCUAUAAUCCAGCCAUCGGUGAUCAGUAAAUAAUUUACUAUGAUUUAUAAAUAUAUUGUUUUUAACUGUUGCUACAUGGUAUAACAUGCAGACAAAUGUUGACAACAAGAGCUUGUUUUUACAGUGUUUAUGAUCGUAGUACAAGUCGGAAGUAUUACCAAAGGGAAAAUAUUACUGAGGCAAAGUGAGAAGUAUUGUGAAAAAGAGUGAAAGUUUUAUAGAGAUGUUACAAUUAGAAAAUGGUGACACUACCAUUAUCUAAUCAGUUAUUUAAAAAAAAGAUGGAUAGUGUACUCUGUGUAUAGUACAUUGGGGGUUGUUUUAAUAAUUAAGAACUUGUAUAUAUUAUAACGACAAUAUCCAUAAGUUGUAUACAUUUUUUUUCUAAAAGCAGCAUUUGAUCAUUUUAUAAUCAUGAUUAUUUGUGUAUCACAUCCUUAUGUAAAUACAAUGUUUCUGUUUUGUGUAAUACAGGCUUUACACUUUACCUACGCAAACCGUAUUUCUGGUGUGAAAACAAAUUAAAUUUGUUGUCAUGUCAUGCCAAUCUACAA